AUGAUGAAAUUUUUGUUCAUCACCACAUUGUUCGUUCUAAUAACUCAUGUGACAUCCUUCGAUUGCUAUGAUUGUCAAAACUGUCAAAUACCGUUCAAUAACCAAACCAGCACGUCUACAUGUAACUCCGGAGUUACUUCAUGCAUGAAAAUUACAGCCAAAUUAGGAACAGUUUAUACAUAUGUGUCUAAGCAAUGUGGACCAUGUUCGAGCGAAACAUUUUUAUUCGGUGUAACCUACAUAAAAGUCGAUUGUUGUUAUCAAAAUACUUACCAAGCAUCACUUGCAAAAUAUUUCUCAAUCACAUCUUCCGACGAACUUCUGACACCACCUUCGUCUCUCGAAUACUUACCGAUAGAAAAUCUUUCUCAAAAUCAGUCAGCAUUUUCAAUGCUUUUCAAUUCAUUAGCUAAUCGAUCGAAACGAUUGCGUAAGAAGGAAGAAUCUUUUGGAGACAAAAACCUUAAUCCGAAUCAUACAGUGCUUGACAUGGAAAGUGUCGAAUUAAUAAACAGGUCAAAGCAUGUCUCACAUCCGUGA